AUGCCUAAAUGUCUUACUUUGAACGAAUACUAUGAUAUACAAAGCAACGAGUUGGAAGCCAUGAGGUCCAUUUAUAUGGAUGAUUUCGUGGAUUUAACGAAAAAGAAAUCAAAAUGGGACAAACAACCACAAAUAAUAUUUGAAGUUAACGUCUGUUCAACAGACAAAGAGCCAGUGGAAUCGUCAUUGACGUUACAUUUUGCUAUGACCCCUAUGUACCCUCAUACGAUGCCUGAAAUCAAGUUUCUUAAUGUGAAAAAUGUUUUGGAUUAUCAAUUGAAACAACUUUCUGAAAGUUUCAAACAGAUACAUGAAAGUGCUAAAGGACAAGAAUAUAUUUUUGAAGUAAUAUCAUUAGUACGAGAGAGGCUAGAUGAAUUUCAAAAUGAAGCCAAUGGACACUCUUUAGAAGAAGAUCGCUUACAAAGAAUUAGGGAAGCAGAAGCGAAAUUAGAGAAGGAAGAGAAGGAAAGGAAACAAAAAAUUGAACAAGAAAAGGUUAGUGAACAAAAAUUAAUAGAUGAAAUCGUAAAGAAGGAAAUGGAAAAGAGAAAGGAUGAUGAUGAUAUGCUUUUCAAUCCGACUUCUCAAAUUGAAUUAAUGCCGCCUUCCGAAUGGAUUACCUCAGGUGAAGCUAUCGUAUUUUCAAAACCUAUAAAGGCAAAAUUGCCUAAUAAUUUAUUGUUCAAAUUCAAAGCCGUUGUUAAUCCUACACCUAUUAAACUCAACUCGGAUCUUUUCAACUUCGGUAAACAAUUUCUUGUGAAACCGUUCAUUCAUCCAGAGUCGCCGUUGGCUGAUGCAUUGAUGUCUUCUGAACUAAUGGGAAAUUUCUAUUAUUUAUUGACGGAAAUUGAGCUAACCAAUUCAUAUUUUAAUACAAGCAAUGGUAAAAAAGAAAUUUCGAAUUUAGAGAAAGUUUUGGAAUCUUUACUUAAGGUAAAGCAUGAUAAUGUUAACCGUUUAUAUGGAUAUACCGUCGAAAGGAUGGGAAAAAAUAAUACCAAUUUUGUCUGGAAAAUCAGACUUUUAACUGAAUACUCAUCCUCAUCUUUUCUUAUUGGUGAGCUUAUCCAAUCUGUAGGAUUCAUUAACUUGGCUACAGCUCGUGUUUGGAUGAUUCGAAUACUAGAAGGAUUGGAAGCUCUACAUAAAAUUGGUAUAUUUCAUAGAUGUGUAUGUCUUCAAACAGUAACGAUGUCCAAGGAUUCUGAUUUUGGAACGACAAUUCCUAAGUUGAUACAUUCCAGUUAUGGCUACGGGAUAAUAAAUAUGCUGGCAAGAUAUCCUAAUAGAAAUGGCCCACGAAUUGAACUACCUAAUUCAUCCUGGAUUCCUCCUGAAUGUGAGAAUAAUACUACGAAUAAAUAUAAUAGAAUGACAGAUAUAUGGCAAGCCGGUGUUUUAUUUAUGCAAAUAAUAAAUGGAGUAGAAACAACAAUAGAUUUUGGAUCUCCUCAAGAGUUUUUAAACUCAACAGAUAUGGAUGAAAGUCUAUACGAUCUUUUAUCAAAGAUGACCGCAACAGAUCCAAAGAAACGUUUAGGAACCUUGGAAUUACUACCAAUGAAGUUCCUAAGAACAAAUAUAGAUCCAACAUUUAAUAAAUUUAAUGUUUCAAAUGAUGAAAGUACAGCGGUUACAAUACCAUCUGAAGAGUCUUCUGUAGGAUUGACAAUGAAGUCUAGGAAGUUUUCAGAAUCAAGUAACAGAAGACGAUCAUUUAAUGUUGGAUCAAGAUUCUCUUCAAUUAAUCCCGCCACAAAGUCAAGAUACGCUUCUGAUUUCGAAGAAAUUGCUGUAUUAGGUAAAGGUGCGUUUGGACAAGUGGUCAAAGCACGUAAUGCGUUAGAUAGUAGAUAUUAUGCGAUUAAAAAAUACAGACAUACUGAAGAAAAAUUAUCUACUAUAUUAAGUGAGGUUAUGCUUUUAGCAAGUUUGAAUCAUCAGUAUGUGGUACGUUAUUAUGCUGCAUGGCUCGAAGAAGAUACACAAAAUGAUAAUGCAAUCUCAUUGAGCGAUAGCGACGAUCAUGAAGAAGAAGACGAAACAUCGGACGAUUCAGAAUCUGAUAUAUUUAAUCAAUCCAGUUUACUUAAGGAAAAAAGUUCUCUUGAGGUCGAUAAUAGCAAUUGGGAUUUCAUAUCCAAUUCUGGAUACCCAGAUAUAGUUUUUGCCAAUAGUACUACCGGAGGGGACAGUUUCAAUGAACUUGAGAAUGGUAGCGAGGAGGAAUCUGAUGAUGAUUAUGAAGGUGAAGUUUCUGAUUCAGAAACCCGUUCGACCAAUAAGACUAACACCAGAAGAAGUAAAACACCUUUCAUUACAGCAAAAAGGAAAAGUACACUAUUCAUUCAAAUGGAAUACUGUGAAAAUCGAACAUUAUAUGAUUUAAUCCAUGCUGAAAAUUUAAGUAAACAGCGUGAUGAAUAUUGGAGACUUUUCAGGCAAAUUUUAGAGGCGUUAAGUUACAUCCAUUCGCAGGGUAUUAUUCAUCGUGAUUUAAAACCGAUGAACAUUUUCAUUGAUGAAUCAAGAAAUGUUAAAAUCGGUGAUUUUGGUCUUGCAAAAAAUGUCCAUCGUUCGGCUGAUAUUUUGAGAAUGGACUCACAGAGUGCUGUUGGUAGUUCCGAGAAUUUAACAUCAGCUAUUGGUACCGCAUUAUACGUAGCAACAGAAGUUCUUAAUGGGAAAGGUCACUACAAUGAAAAAAUUGAUAUGUAUUCAUUAGGUAUAAUUUUCUUUGAAAUGGUAUAUCCAUUCAGUACCGGAAUGGAAAGAGUAAACAUAUUAAAAGACUUGAGGUUACCAAGCGUUGAUUUCCCAUCUGAUUUUGAUUAUACAAAAAUGAAAACUGAAAAGAAGAUUAUUAAAUUGUUAUUGGAUCAUGAUCCUACAAGAAGACCUGGAGCAAGAAAAUUAUUAGAUAGUGGAUGGCUUCCUGUAAAGCAUCAAGAAGAAGUGAUCAAAGAGGCAUUAAAAAGUUUGGCGGAUCCAUCUUCGCCUUGGCAGCAGCAGGUAAGAGAAAGUUUAUUCAACCAACCCUACAGCGUUACCAACGAUAUUCUAUACGAUAAUUCACAGUCUCAAUCUAACCCAUUUUCCCAAAUACUACGAUCCCAAAUGCAAGAGGAAGUCGUUAAAAUUUUUAGAAAACAUGGAGGUAUAGAAAAUAAUUCACCACCGAGAAUCUUUCCGAAGGCACCAAUAUAUAGUACCCAGAAUGUCUACGAGGUUUUAGAUAAGGGUGGUACCGUAUUGCAAUUACAAUAUGACUUGACCUAUCCGAUGGCUAGGUAUCUAUCAAAAAACCCAAAUUGUGUGGCUAAACAAUUUCGUCUACAACAUGUUUAUCGACCCCCUACCAAAUCCAAUUCAAGUCUUGAGCCCAGAAAGUUUGGUGAAAUCGAUUUUGAUAUAAUUUCAGGAUCGUCUUCUGAUUCCCCAUUUUAUGAUGCUGAGAAUAUUAAAAUUAUUGACGAAGUUUUGACAAUAUUUCCUGUAUUCGAAAAGACAAAUACUUUAUUUGUGAUGAAUCAUUCAGAUAUACUAGAAAGCGUAUUUAAUUUUUCGAAUAUUGAUAAAGCUCAAAGACCGUUAGUUUCAAGAAUGCUAUCACAAGUAGGGUUCGCCAAAACAUUUAAAGAUGUCAAAAAUGAGUUGAAAUCUCAAUUGAACAUUUCGUCUACAUCCUUAAAUGACUUAGAAUUAUUUGACUUUAGGGUAGAUUUUGAUGAUGCAAAGAGAAGAUUACAUAAAUUGAUGGUUGAUAGUCCAUAUUUACGCAAUAUUGACGAUGCUUUAUCUCAUAUUUUGAAGGUUUUGAAUUUUUUGAAACCUUUAGAAGUUACAAGAAACAUGGUAAUAUCACCAUUAAGUAACUACAACUCGGCGUUUUAUAAAGGUGGUAUUAUGUUCCAAGCUGUUUAUGAUGAUGGUAUGACGAGAAAUUUAAUUGCUGCUGGUGGUAGAUAUGAUACCUUAAUAUCUUACUUUGCCAGACCUUCUAGUGGUAAAAGUACAAACACACAAAGAGCGGUAGGAUUUAAUCUUGCUUGGGAAACUAUAUAUAGUAUUGGCCAGAACUAUUUCAAGUUGGCUUCUAGGAACCGUCUGAAGAAACGGAACAGGUUUUUAAAGGAUUCUGCUAUUGAUUGGAAACCAAGUAGGUGUGACGUAUUAAUUUCAAGUUUUUCUAAAUCACUAUUAGAUACCGUAGGUGUAAGUCUCUUGAAUAAACUCUGGAAAAUGGGGAUAAGAGCAGACUUUUUACGGACUUGUUACACUGUUGAUGACGUUGUUACGCGUGCCCAGCAAGAUGGAGUUGAGUGGAUCAUUUUGAUAAAGCAGCAAACAUAUAGUAUGUCCAGUCACAAACGUAAAUAUAAGCCUCUGAAGGUAAAAAGGGUAAGUAGUAACGGCGAUAUUGACUUAGAUAUCGAUGAGUUUUUGAUGUUGUAUCAACAGGAAACAAGUAGCAGCACGUUGAUUAAUGAUUCUUUGAGUAUUGACGACAAGCAUGAUGAUUCGGGAAAUUGGGAUGAAAAUAGUAGUGCUAGCGGCAGCCAAGAUGAAAAAGAAGAGACAUCUAAUACUACAACAAAUCAAAAGGUAACCUAUAUUCCUAAUAUGGCAACAAGGGCGAAAAAGGCAAGUAAACGUGAAAAAUGGGUAUAUGAAGAUGCAGCAAGAAAUGCAUCAAAUAUCAUUAUAGGCAGUUUAUCAUCAGCUCCUGUUUUCACUGUUGAUGCCUUGAGGGAUGAAACAUUAGAAAUUAUAUCCAUUACGUCCUUAGCUCAAAAAGAAGAAUGGUUAAGAAAGGUUUUUGGUUCCGGUAAUAACUCCACACCUAGGUCGUUUGCAACUAAUAUAUAUAAUAACUUAUCCAAAGAGGCUGGCAAAGGUACCAAAUGGGCUAUAUUACACUGCCAUAAGACAGGGAAAAGUUGUGUUAUCGACUUGCAGCGUUGA